AUGGGUAUCGAAAAAGGCAAUCACAAGGAGCCAACUACAGACGAGAGGAAGCCCCUCGCAAAGUGCAAAAGCUUCUCUUUCUGGUUCAGUUUUGUUUGUUACAUAGCCGGUUCUAUUGUUGGGUUCGUUUGGUUUCACAAAGUGAACUCUCGCGAAAAACCAGUUCCGAAGAUAGAACUAGCUUCUAUGGAUUUCACUGUGCUUAAUAUCACAGACACUCGUUUAAGUGCAAAGUGGGAUGUGUCGAUACGGAUCCCCUACGAUCUUCCUGGUUGCUAUAUAUGUCUUCAAGGAGACUUUCAAGCUUCCUUCAUGUACAAGGAUGUUACUCUUGCUACCUCUUCCCCACAAAAAUACAACAAUCUCAAAUACCGUGAAGCUCAGGUUCUUAAGGUUUCAGCAGGUGUCUCGGGAGAAGAUAUUGAGGGUUUGAUAGUUAAAGAUAUAACUGAAGAUAUGAAAGAGAAGAAGGAAGUGCGGUUUGGAACGCGUUUUUAUCUCACUGAUUGCAGGGAAAAGACAACUGGUACUAUGAGAUACGCAUGUGAUGAUGUCACGUUGCGAUUCGAACCAGGUUCCGAGAUGAAGGCGGCUUUGUUUGGGAAGAACCCUAGCUGUGUCAAUUAUUGACCUAACUCCACGUCAUCGCCAGUUCAUUGCCUUUUGUUUUUCUUUUUUGUUUUUUGUGUUUUUCAUCGGAUGAUUGUUACGUUGGAAAAUAUUAGGGUUUUACUUCCUGUUUUCUCUGG